AAAUAACGUCAUAACGGUCACUAUGCACAAUUUGAAUUUACAGUACAAUAAAAAUACAGUACAGAAGUACAAACAAAGUAAUAUUUUCAGUUGUAUUCACUGAACUUGAUAAUGUAUAUUAAGUCCAUAGUAUUAGAAGGAUUUAAGUCCUAUGGAAAAAGAAUCGAAAUAAAUGGAUUCGACAAAGAAUUUAACGCUAUCACAGGAUUUAAUGGUAGCGGGAAAUCAAACAUUCUCGAUGCAAUAUGUUUUGUUUUGGGAAUUACUAACCUUGGACAGGUACGUGCAACAUCAUUGCAAGACUUAGUUUAUAAGUCUGGUCAAGCAGGCAUCAAAAAAGCUAGUGUUACUAUAAUAUUUGACAAUAGAGAUAGAAAUUCCUCACCUAUGGGAUAUGAACAUCAUGAAGAGAUAACAGUUACAAGACAAGUUGUAAUUGGUGGUAAAAAUAAAUACUUAAUCAAUGGAACUAACGUACAAAAUAAACGUGUCCAAGAUAUGUUUUGUUCUGUUCAGUUGAAUGUAAAUAAUCCACAUUUUUUAAUAAUGCAAGGAAGAAUUACUAAAGUUUUGAAUAUGAAACCUAUGGAAAUUUUAUCUAUGAUAGAAGAAGCUGCAGGUACUCGAAUGUAUGAAAGUAAGAAAGAAGCUUCGUUAAAAACUAUAGAAAAGAAGGAUAGUAAACUAAAAGAGAUAAAUGAUAUUUUGAGAGAAGAAGUAGGUCCAAGAUUAAAAAAACUCAAAGAAGAAAAAACACAAUAUGUUGAAUUUCAACGUACAGAAAGGGAAUUAGAGCAUUGUAAAAGAAUUUGCUUGGCAUGGAAAUAUGUCACAAUCUUAAAUGAAUGUGAAAAUGCAGAAAACAAUGUACAAACUGUUAAAAAUAAAAUAGAAGAAAAAAUGAAAAGCAUUAAUGCUGGUGAAGAGGAACUUGGAAAUAUAGAGAAAGAAUUAGAUGAAAUGAUUAAAAAAAGGGAUAUAGAAACUGGGGGUCAAUUAGAAUCUUUGGAAAAAGAAUUAAAAGAGGCAGAAAAAAAAGAAUUUAAAUUGGCAGCUGAAGUUAAUAGUAGCAAAGAAGAUACUAAAACUGCUAAAAAAGCAAUAGAACAAUUGAAAGCUAAUAUAACUGAUGAUGAAAAUGCUUUUACAUCGAAGCAAACAGAAUAUAGCAAAGUUGAAGAGCUUUUUAAAACAUUAAAAGAGACGGAUGAACAGGAUUGCAAAGCAGUAUUGCUUGCACAAGAAAAAUAUCAAAAGAUUAGUACUGGUUUAUUAGAAAGUCAAGAUGGUGAAAAUGCAACACUAGAGCAACAAUUAAUAAGUGCUAAGCAAAAUGUAAUAGAAGCACAAACACAACAUAAACAAUGUGAAAUGACAUUAAAUCAUAAUAGAAAACAACUGGAGAAAAAGAAAGUAGAUUUGAAAAAUACAGGAGAUGAGUACGAAAAAUACACUAAAGAUCUUGAAAACAAAGAAAAAGAAGUAAAAAAUUUAGAAAACGAAUUAAAGAAAUUAAAUUAUGAAGAUGGAUGCAUAGAACGAUUGACAGAACAAAAACGUACAUUAAGGAACGAAGUACUAGCAUUAGAAGAAGAAGUGGAUCAUUUUGAAUCAAGAUAUCCUCAAAUUAGAUUUGAAUAUCAAAAACCAGGACCUAAUUUUGAUCAAAAUUCUGUGAAAGGAGUUGUAUGUAAGUUAAUCACAGUAAAAGAUAAAAAAGCAGCAUAUGCUUUAGAUAUUGUUGCAGGAGGGAAGUUAUAUAAUGUAAUAGUAGAUACAGAAACUACCAGUAAAAAAUUACUUCAACAUGGUCAGUUACAAAAACGUGUAACUAUUAUUCCUUUGAAUAAAAUAAAUGGAAGAGCCAUGGAUAAUCAAAUAAUUCACUUGGCACAGAAGAUAGGUGGCAUAGAAAAUGUUCAACCAGCAUUGUCUCUUAUAGAUUUUCCAAAAGAAAUUACAUCUGCUAUGGCAUGGGUUUUUGGACAAAGUUUUAUUUGUAAAGACAUAGAAACUGCUAAAAAAAUAGCAUUUCAUAAUAAUAUAAGAAAAAAAUGUGUUACUUUAGAAGGAGAUGUUGUUGAUCCUGCGGGUACAUUAUCUGGUGGUGCAGUAUCAAAAACUGGAUCAGUUCUUUUGAAAUUAGACGAAUUAAAAACUAUACAAAAUAAAUUAGAUAUCAAAAAACAGAUGCUUCAAAAUGUUGAAACUCAAUUAAUGCAUAUGAAUAGUGAUGCUGAAAAAUACAAUUCAAUAAAACAAACGUUUGAUUUACGCAAUUAUGAGAUCACUAUGAUAAAACAAAGAUUAGAACAAACAGAAUAUUAUAAAGUAAAAGAAGAGAUUGAAUCCUUGGAGAAAAAUAUUGAAAUACUUUUGCAAACAAUGGCAACAGCAGAAAAGAAUGAAAAGGAAAAUACUACGCGUGCUAAAAAUUUGGAGCAUCAAUUGAAAGAUGCUAGUAAUAUUCGUGAAAAACAAUUAAAGGAAGCUAAAUCUGAGUUAGAAAAAUUAAAGAAAAAAGCUGAAAAUAGCCGUAAAGAGUGGCAAAGCCGAGAACAAGAAGCAGAAAUGCUUAAAUUGGAAAUAACAGAAUUACAGAAGUGUAUUGAAACAGAAAAAGAACAGUUAAUAACAUCUGAAGAGAAGUUGAAUGUAUUACAAGAAAAAGUAACUACGUUGGAACAAGAGUUAAAUGAAGCGAAAAAUAAUGUGAAACGUAUACAGUCUAAUAUAAAAGAACAAAAAGACAAUAUUAAUGAACAAAAUAUUUACAUGCGGAAGCUUACGACACGAAAAGAAGAUAUCAUAAAACAGAAUAAAGAAGCAGAAUUAGAUAUUAAAAAGUUAAAUCAUGAAAUUAAUUCAAUCAAAGAUAUUGCUAAAAAUUGUAAUGAAAAAGUUUCCGAACUUACACGGAAAUAUGAAUGGAUUGAAGAGAAUAAGAUUUACUUUGGGAAACCUGGUGGUAUUUAUGAUUUUAAUGUCAAUAAACCCAAUGAAAUGGAAUUGAAAAUACGACAGUUGCAAUCGUUGCGUGAAAAAUUAAGUCGAAGUAUCAAUACUCGUGCUAUUAGUCUUCUUGAUAAAGAGGAAGAACAAUAUAAUGAAAUGAUGAAGAAAAAGAAAAUAGUUGAGAAUGAUAAAAAAAAGAUAUUGGAAACAAUUAAACAUUUAGAUGAAAAAAAGAGAGAAACAUUAAUGGAAGCUUGCAAACAAGUAAACAAAGAUUUUGGAUCAAUUUUUAGUAGUUUAUUGCCAGGAGCUGAUGCAAAAUUGCAACCCCCUGAAAAUCAAACAGUUACUGAGGGAUUAGAAGUGAAAAUUGGAUUUUCCGGUAUUUGGAAAGAAUCGUUAGGAGAAUUAUCUGGAGGACAACGAUCUUUGGUUGCUUUGUCCUUGAUCUUGGCUAUGCUUUUAUUUAAACCUGCUCCACUUUAUAUUUUGGACGAAGUUGACGCUGCGUUAGAUCUUUCUCAUACAGAAAAUAUUGGUACGAUGUUAAAAAAACAUUUUAAACAUUCACAAUUUAUUAUUGUGUCAUUAAAGGAUGGAAUGUUUAACAAUGCUAAUGUAGUAUUUACAACUAGAUUUGUUGAUGGAAUGUCAACAGUGUCUAGAAGUGAAAGAAUAGGAGCUAAUUUUAGAGUGCAUUUACCAAAUUUGACCAAUUAACGUCUUUGAAGAAUGGGUGUUGUUUUAUCUCGGAUAUUGUCAUCCUUU